AUGAAGCUUGCAUACUGGAAAUACGACGCCGACACUGACGAAGGGCGUGUCAACCUGACUGAUCCGUCGCUACGCACUCAGCUCAAAGACACACUAAAGCGCUAUUUACGACUGCUGGGAUUCCUGACGGUCUUGCUCUGGCUGAUCCUUAGCAUAUUCUUUGGCGCAAACCACAAGCGCGGCGAGCUUGUCAACCGUCUCGAGGUAGACAUAUUCGACUUUGACCAAGGCGAGUAUAGCCAGGAGAUUGUUGACACGCUGCUGACAACACCCAGCGACAACACGAUGCCCACAUGGAAACUCAACACACGGUACCAGAGCCUGGGGCAAGCCAAGAAAUACAUCAAGGACGACGGAUGGGGCGGACUCGUGAUCAUGCCUGGCAUGUCAGAUCGCCUGAACAACGCCCUAACUACGGGUGCCAACUACUCAGCAACUGACGCCCUGAUGGUGUUGAAACAGGACUCACACCACCCGCUAGUGCAGUUGACCUCUAUCCAACCAGCCCUGCGCCAGGCAGUCGUGAUUGCGAAUUCUGCGAUUGCGACACAGCUGCUGCAGCGGCUCCAAGAGUCCACCAGUGCAGAGGCGAAAAACAAUGCCAACGUAUCCACAUUGCUCCAUCCAAUCGACGCAGUCACAGUGAACCUAGGGCCAUACGGGUUUUCGCUCAGCCCACUGCUCGCCCCGCUGAGCCUGCUGAUGAUGUUUAUGUGUACGCUGGUCCCAAUGAUCAUGCUAAAGUUUAGCUCGUACCCAAUCUACCAGGCCCCUUCUGACGCUUGGCUUUUCGUUCUACGGCACGCUCACCUUCCUGGCGUUCAAGGGAUCAGGACUACGGCAAGAAUCACCACGGGCUCCAUAUCGAUAGCGGGAGGUUUUUUUGCCAUUUGGAUGACCAGCUGGCUGACGCUGCUCCCGAUGGCCUUUUGGCUAAAAUCGCUGGUGACCUUCUCUACGCCCGAGUUCAUUGCAAUGCCCUUCAGUUAUCACUAUCAUUCCCAAGCGUCUGCGCUGGUAUUACUGUCGUCAACGUCUGCCCGACUUUCUUCAAGUGGCUUCCAAGCCAUGCCGUUUUACCAGGGCACGAUGCUGACGCGGUAUAUUAUCAGUGGAGCACACAACCGGGUCGGUGAAAACCUAGGCGUGCUGUUUGGUGAGCUGGUGUUCUCCCUGGUCUUGUUGUACAUCUGCACCAUGAUCCAGCAGCACCAGGUUCAUGCCGGUAACGUCGAUCGCAUGGGCUGGCGCCCGAUGAAGGCCGAAGAAGACACUGCCGACUCCCUUGCCAAGGACCUCGAGAGAGGCAAGGUGCCUAUGUACAUGCCCGCUGUGUCGCGCAGAGCCGACGGCACCAUCCAGAUCGCCGAGGACCAGCUUACACAGGAUGUUUCGAUGCGCAACGAGACUGUUGGUGUCUGA